GUGGUUUCUCUCUCUAGUUGUUUCCGGUCUGGUGACGCAGAUGAUUUCUCCGUGUUUCUUAAGCAAGAGUUAUGGUCAAAGAGUAAACACCUUCCUCCAAAAUGUCUUUGUGUGGGAAACAUGACAGCGAAACAGAAACUCAGAGCCCAGAGAAACCAGAUUCUCCUGCAUCCAGCUGUCCUUCCAUGAAGAGUAACCACUCUAUGUCAGAGCAUAAGAAUUUUAAAGAGGAACAAUCUGAUGGUGGAAAGCCAGAAAUUAAAAGUGUUCUGCAGGAGAGCUCAAAGGGUCCCGGAUGUCAGUCUGCCCAGCAGGAUCAAACAUGUCUGAGUUCAAUAUUUAUGCUGAUUGAGGAGGAAGUUUUCACUCUUGCGAGAAAGGAGCUGAAGAGCUACCAGACGGUACUGAGAGCAGAUUACCCACAAUGCUUAGAGACGCAUAGGGAGGAUAGGGAGGGGGCGGAUGGUGAGAUGGAGGAGCAGAUGAAGAGAAGCAAAGAAGCAUUUAUGGAGAUCGUGCUGCACAUCCUGAGGAAAAUAAAACAGGAAGACUUGGCUGAGUCCCUGCAGAACAGAGCUCAAGAUGCUGUGUGUCGACGAAAACUCAAAUCUAACCAGAGGAAGAGAUUUCAGAAUGUGUUUGAGGGCCUUGCUAAAGCAGGAAACCCAACAUCUCUGAAGAACAUCUACACAGAGCUCUACAUCACAGAGGGAGAGAGUUCAGAGAACUGUAAUGGACAUGAAGUCACAGCGAUUAAAAUAACCAACAGCAGGAAACCAGACACACCAGAAACAACCAUCAGACAAGAAGACAUCUUUAAAGCCUCACCUGGAAGAGACGGACCAAUCAGAACAGUGAUGACAAUGGGAGUGGCUGGCAUUGGGAAAACCGUCUCAUCACAGAAGUUCACUCUGGACUGGGCUGAAGACAAAGUCAACCAGGACAUACUGUUCAUAUUUCCAUUCACCUUCAGAGAGCUGAAUGUGCUGAAAGAGAGAAAGUUCAGCUUGGUGGAACUUGUUCAUCUCUUCUUUCCUGAAACCAAAGAAGCAGGAAUCUGCAGGUUUGAUCAGUUCCAGGUCGUGUUCAUCUUUGACGGUCUGGAUGAGUGUCGACUUCCUCUGGACUUCCACAACACUGAGAUCCUGACUGAUGUUACAGAGUCCAGCUCAGUGGACGUGCUGCUGACAAACCUCAUCAGGGGGAAACUGCUUCCCUCUGCUCGCCUCUGGGUAACCACACGACCUGCAGCAGCCAAUCAGAUCCCUCCUGAGUGUGUUGACGUGGUGACGGAGGUCAGAGGGUUCACUGACCCACAGAAGGAGGAGUACUUCAGGAAGAGGUUCAGAGAUGAGGAGCAGGCCAGCAGGAUCAUCUCCCACAUCAAGACAUCACGAAGCCUCCACAUCAUGUGCCACAUCCCAGUCUUCUGCUGGAUCACUGCUACAGUUCUGGAGGAUGUCUUGAAAACCAGAAGGAGAGGAGAGCUGCCCAAGACCCUGACUGAGAUGUACAUCCACUUCCUGGUGGUUCAGGCCAAACUGAAGAAGGUCAAGUAUGAUGGAGGAUCUGAGACAGAUCCACACUGGAGUCCAGACACCAGGGAGAUGAUUGAGUCUCUGGGAAAACUGGCUUUUGAGCAGCUGCAGAAAGGAAACCUGAUCUUCUAUGAAUCAGACCUGACAGAGUGUGGCAUCGAUAUCAAAGCAGCCUCAGUGUACUCAGGAGUGUUCACACAGAUCUUUAAAGAGGAGAGAGGCCUGUACCAGGACAAGGUGUUCUGCUUCAUCCAUCUGAGUGUUCAGGAGUUUCUGGCUGCUCUUCAUGUCCAUCUGACCUUCAUCAACUCCGGAGUCAAUUUAAUGUCAGAAGCACAAAUAAACCCCAAGGAGGCUAACACAGAAAAGGUGGACGCUGCAAUGACAAACUUCUAUAAGAGUGCUGUGGACGAGGCCUUAAAGAGUCCAAAUGGACACCUGGACUUGUUACUCAGAUUCCUCCUGGGUCUUUCACUGCAGACCAAUCAAAAUCUUUUACAAGGCCUGUUGUCACAGAGAAUUAGCAGCACAAAGACAUAUCAAGAAACAGUUGGGUACAUCCAGAAAAAGAUGAGGGAGAAUCACAGUCCAGAGAAAAUCAUCAAUCUGUUCCACUGUUUGAGCGAACUGAAGAGCUGUUCUCUAGUGGAAGAGGUGCAAAAGUACCUGAGUUCAACAUCACCCUCUCCUGAUCAAUGGGCAGCUCUGGUCUUCAUCUUACUGUCAUCAGAAGACAACCUGGAUGUGUUUGAGCUUAAGAAAUACUCUGCUUCAGAGAAAGCUCUUUUGAGGCUACUGCCAGUGGUUCAAGCUUCAAGAGAAGUCGUGUUGAGCGGUUGUAACCUCUCGAGGAAAAGCUGUGAGGCUUUGUCCACAGUUCUCAGCUCCCAGUCCUCUAAGGUGAGAUUGCUGGACCUGAGUAACAACGACCUGCAGGACAUAGGAGUGAAGCAUCUCUCUGCUGGGCUAGAGAGUCCACACUGUACUCUGGAAACUCUCAGGUUGAGCGGCUGUAACCUGUCGGAGAGAAGCUGUGAAGCUCUGGCCCCAGUUCUCAGCUCCCAGACCUCUAGUCUCAGAGAGGUGGACCUGAGCAACAACGACCUGCAAGAUUCAGGAGUGAAGCUGCUCUCUGUUGGACUGGAGAGCCCCCACUGUACACUGGAAACUCUCAGGCUUUCAGGCUGUCUGAUCACAAAGGAGGGGUGUGCUGCUUUGGAGUCAGGGCUGAAAUCCAACCCCUCCCAUCUGAGAGAGCUGGACCUGAGCUACAAUCAUCCAGGAGACUCAGGAGAGGAGCUGCUGUCUGCUGCACUGAAGAAUCCACAAUGGAGACUGGACACUCUCAGGAUGGAGCACGGUGGACUACAGAGGCUAAAACCCGGUAUAAGAAAGUAUGCCUGUGAACUGGAACUGGACCCAAACACAGCAAACAGAACCCUCAAACUAACAGACAACAACAGAAAGGUGACAGCAAGAGAGGCGCAGCCGUAUCCUGAUCACCCAGAGAGAUUUGAUUUUUGGCCGCAGGUCCUGUGUAGCAAUGGUUUGACUGGUCGCUGUUACUGGGAGGUCAAGUGGAGAGGACAUGUUAACGUAUCAGUGGCUUACAAAGGAAUUGGAAGGAGAGGAGAAGGGGAUGAGUGCAAGCUUGGAAAGAAUGAUCAGUCCUGGAGUCUGAUCUGCUCUCAGGAGGGUUACUCCGUCUGUCACAGUGACAGAGAAAUCAAACUGCCUCUCCCCUCCUCGUCUGUCUCUCACACAGUAGCAGUGUAUGUGGACUGUCCUGCUGGCACUCUGUCCUUCUACAGCGUCUUCUCUGACACACUGAUCCACCUCCACACCUUCAACACCAACUUCACUGAACCUCUGUAUCCUGGGUUUGAACUUUGGUUCAUAUGUUCGUCUUGGUCGGAGUUUAGGUUGAGGGCCGGUUCGUCAUUGUCUCUGUGUUCUCCCACAGAAAGCACAGAGACAAGUGUAUGAGAGGUGUCUGUAGGUGUGUAUUGAAGUGGAUGGUGGUCUUCAGUGACUGAGGACAGCUGCUGAAAUCCAAGUUGAGAAGCAGAUCAAGUCUGAAACUGAAAACAUUCAUUUGUGUGAUGUAUUUUCAUAUAUAUAUAUAUAUAUAUAUAUAUAUAUAUAUAUAUUCAAAAGAGGAUCUAAUGAGCAGCAUUUAUUAUUGUUUUAAUACAAUUAAAUCAGAGUAGCUGUGUUUAGACAAUAUCUUGUUUUAGGAACAUAGGUAGAAAAUGAGAAUAAUUUCUAGCCAUUCCUGUAGUUCUUAGGAACUUCAGAGACUCCAAUAUGACAUCAAAAGACUUACACAAGAGUCACAAAAUGGACAUUUAUUCAAAAAUAUCUGUUUCUGUAUACACAAAUAGAAAUAUAACAAAGUGAUAUAUAGUCACAUAUGACAGAUGCAAGGAUAGGCUCAGCUGUGAGAUUUCACAUCCAAAAUCCUGCAGUGAAUUCCUGGUGAACAGACGUUAUUAUCUAUAGAGUCGAUAUUUGCUGUGAAUCCACAUCAGGACUGGGAUAAUGCCUGUACCUGUCCAGACCUGUCCAGCUGGAUUAGUGAUGAGAGUUGAUGAUCCACGGUUCAUAUCAAGGAUAUGGUUCGUUUCCAGCUAUUUUAUUUGCAUGUGUGCAGUUUGGCUUUUUGUGUAUGUCAAACACUUUGUCUCUGUUCUUCUCCAAACUUGUUUUCUGAUGUUAAUCACACAGGAUAAUCUAUAAGUGCAAAAUUACUCCUCUUCAAACAAUCUUUGCUGCCCGAAUGGUUUAUAAUACAUAGAGCUGAAAUGAGUAGUUGAUUAAUUGAUUUGUAGAUGUGAUAGUAAAUUACGCGUGUCUUGGCUAUGGACUGUUUGUUGACAGGUGUUGGACAUUUGAAAACAUCUUUUGACUUUUGAAAGUUGUGGCAUUUUUUUUUUUUUUUUUACUUUUUCCUGACAUUUUAUAAACCAAACAAUUAAACAAUGAAUUCUUUAUGAAAUAUAAAGCAGCCCUGUUGUGAUUGUAUGUGGACUCUUAGACGUUCAGUUAUGUAUGUAUUUUCGUUUCUCAUAAAAGUUCACGAGCAUAUGCAUACAUGUGCUUGUACAGUAUAUUAAGUGCAUACACGGGGCUGUUAAUGGACGAAGCUUUGGCGUCCUCUAGUGGAGAAAAGAUUGCUGCUUUGUGUGAGCUUGAAAUGAUACCUUCUAUAAAGGUCAUAUUGUGUGAGCUAUGAAUUACAAACAGACUAUAUAUUAACACAACAAGCAAACAUACAAUACAAACAUUUGU